AUGGCAAAGCGUAUAUCCCCCAGCGCUGUCAUUGACCUCACCUUGGAAUCUGACGACGAACAAGAGGCUAGACUUGGAGAUGUUACUUGGCGGUUUCAUGGGAACAGCACCUCAGGACGAGCUACCAAACGUGCCAGAACUCUCAACAGUUCCGAUGUGUUGAAGCCUGGAGAGGAUGUUGAGGUCGUUGAAGCAUGUGUUGCCUGUCCCACAACAGCGAUAGGGAAUCCCAAUGCAGGCGAAACAGAAAUAGAUUCAGAAUUCCAAGUUGUUGGUACCAGAAAUGAACUCAAGCUUCCUCAUCUACGACAUGACUGCACAAUGCAUCAAUUUUUGACGAAGGCUGCGAAUAGUGAUCAACUCAGGGCGCAGAAUGAGAAGCAUUGUGAACUUUGCUACUGCUAUGUAUGUGAUGCUCCUGUAAAGGACUGCAAGUCGUGGUCGAACGUGGACGGUGUUUGGCAAAACAGUCACUGCAAUGCCACUGAUAAGCAAAAUUGGUGGGUGAAGGAACGGGGGGCUGUUAAGAGUGGCAGUGGCGCUGCUUCGGAUGGAGUUGGCGUCGGGAAUCUAGCUUCAGGAUUGAUGGGGUCUACAACGAUAAAUAGGACUCCAAAUACGUCUAAUGCUAGAGGGAGUUCCAAUCAUUCGAACCUAACAGGAUCUGAUAACACUAUUGGUGGUAUCUAUGCUCCAGGAAAUCUACCAACAGGCAUUAAUCAAAAGGCACACCCCCCUUGCAGGCAUUGCGCUUGGCACAGUAAUAAUCAAAAGGCACACCCCCCUUGCAGGCAUUGCGCUUGGCACAGUAAUAUCAAAGACCUGCAGAAGAACCACGGGCGGUGUAUAAAAUGCGGGCGUUUUACCCUUUUAAGCAACCAGCAGAAAGGGUAUCUACCGAAGGAAUCAGAUUACUGCUUUGGAGGACGGAAAAUUGGGUUCCGAAUUGUUUCCAAAGAUGUAAGACGCGACAAGAAGUACCGCGAAAGCUGGAGGAAAGCCGACGCCACUGAUCCCCGCUGGAAGUAUGACGAGGCUGCCAUGAAGACUUCUGUAUUCGAUUUCAGGAUAGGGAAAUGGCCGCGACUCGCAGCUAUAGUACAUUAUACUUCAGAAUGGGAGGAGGAGAAAGCAAAGCAAAAACGAAGAGAUGUCAUAAUCUUGGACAACAAAGAUGAUAUUUCUCUAUUGAGACUUCUCAACAAAGUGGGCAUCGGGAGCAACCGAGCAGAGAAGCCAAAAAUAGUCCGAGGAGGCAUCAUUGCGGAGGAAAUGGGGUUAGGAAAGCAUCCUGCUCCAGCGUUGCCGAUCAAAGGCAGCCACAUAUCGUGCCUAUCCAGCACACCAAUUCCUCCACCAGCGGACAACGCCCUGAAUGGAUUGCAUUGGAACAGAGAUCUAUACACCGAGACGUCGACAGACAACAAGCUCCGAGGCUCAGUGUUGAGUCAAGGAACGUUGGUGAUAUGCCCAGUAUCUUUGGUUGGACAAUGGAUUGAAGAAGCGAAAAGUAAGCUAUCGAAUCCCGGUUUGCUCUACCCAUAUCAUGGUGGCAAUAGAAUUCGAGAUGCUGAGACGCUUGCCAAGAAUGCUAUCGUGGUGACAACCUAUCAGGUGUUGGCUUCAGAUGACACAUAUCAUCGCAAAAAGUCAUCAAAUCCUGAUGAGUAUUGUCCACCGUUGGAGCAAAUACGCUGGUGGCGAAUCAUUUGCGACGAGGGUCAUUCACUUCGAAACGCUGGCAACCAAAGGAACAAAUCACUGUCUCAGCUUGUUGCUGAUAACAAAUGGAUGGUGACGGGCACACCUGUUAGUACAUCAAUGUCGGACCUGAAGAACCAACUGAAACUGAUUGGCGUCGAGCAUGUUGAUAAGAUAUUCCAAUCCGACAAGCGUUCCAUGCGACGAAAUGAUAAAAUGUCGAUUGAGAUUGCAUUGUCGGAUGAAGAAAGAGAGGAAUAUGAUGCCUUCGAAUCAGCGGCUAAACAGUUCUAUGUCCAAUUCAAAGCUGGACAUUCUCGCGAACUGUCGAAGCAUUACUUGUUGCUCUCGCAAAAGCUGACUCCUCUGCGCGUUGCGUGUGCUGGCGGGCACCUACCAACAAAUCCAGAAGCGGGAGUUGUUGCAGAAGAUGACGGUGGUGGCGAGGCAAAAGUGCGGAAGCAGAAAGAAGUCAAGUACUCGGAUUUCUGCUUCACUUCCAAAUUGACGACUUUGAUAGAGCAGCUCAAGCAGGCGAGGGAUACUGAUCCAACGUCGAAGUCAUUGGUGUUUUCGCAGUUCAAUUCAACUUUGGAGUGGCUAAAACAAGAGUUGCCAGCUCAUGGUUUUCAGUUUCGAACGCUAGCAGGGAGCAUGACGAUGAAACAAAGAGCGAAGGCCCUUCAUGACUUCCAAGCAGACCCACCGACGACCAUCUUCCUGCUGAGUAUGAGAGCUGGCAACUGCGGGAUCAAUCUAACUCAAGCCAAUAGAGUCUUCUUGAUGGAACCAGGUUUCAAUCCUGCAUUGGAGAAGCAAGCCAUCGGUCGAGUUCACCGACUUGGCCAAAAACGGAACGUGGAAAUCAUUCGCUUGAUUGUGAAAGAUAGUAUCGAAACACGUAUCUGCGAAUUCUUGGAAACGAAGUAUCGAAUCUCUACAAACGCUGCUUCGAAGGCAGGAUCGGAGAAGGGACCUGAAGAAGAAAUUUCUGCUGAAGUUGAACAUGGUGUGUUGGUCGGAAAUCUUGCGAGUGAACGGCCAAGGAAUAAGAUUGUCACUUCCGAGUUUGAUAUGUUGUUCGGGGUCAAAUCAGAAAGCGAGGCACCGGAUGCUCUCAUGCCAGAUAGUACAAUUCCAGAUACUGCUGCAAUGCCUGAUGGUGCGAUUUCGUUGAACUUUAAUGCUACCAGUAUUUCUGGGGACUUGUAG